GCUUAACCAUCUCGAGGGAUGCUUAUACCCCUCCAUCUGUCACCAACACCUCCCUCUGACCUACAGUAACAAUGGCAUCGGAAGAUCUCCCCCAGAUCAAAGAUCAAUCGAUCCAAGACUAUCUCAAGAAACGGGAGGCGCUUAUCGAGGAGGAGAAACGACAACGACAUGACUUCCAUCUCCGCCAGUCACUCUCCCCCCUCGCCCAGCAAGCUUGCAACAUCGUAUCGCGCAUUCGACAGCGCGAGCUGACACGCGUCUGGUCUAAAGAACUAGAUGAUCCCGUAGCCGCCCACGAAGCCGACGAGAUCCUCUACCCAGGCGUCAUGUUCCACCUAGCCAAGGGUCGGAUGGAAAGCACCGAUCUAUGGCGGAUCGUGCACCGCAUGCCCAAGGGCUCGCUACUCCAUGCCCAUCUCGACGCCAUGUUCGAUGUCGAUUUCCUCAUCGACCAAGCCCUUGCCACCCCCGGCAUGCACCUAUCAGCGACCGCCCCGCUGUGCACCACGCAGGCCCUCACCGAAGAACCCAUCCUAUUCCAAUACUCAAAGACUCCACGCGCCCAGUCCGAGCAAAACCCCAAACCCUGGCACCCAUCCUACCAGCCAAACUCCCUCGUCGAUGUGACCGUCGCGGCAUCCUCAUUCCCCGCCGGCGGCGAGCAAGGCUUCCGCGCAUGGCUGCGCAACCGAUGCUUGAUCGCCCCCGAGCACUCCUUCCAGCACCACCACGGCGUCGACGCCAUCUGGGCCAUCUUCCAGCGCGUUUUCCCCGUCCUAGACAGCAUUCUACUCUAUGAGCCCAUCUUCCGCGCCGGCCUCCGCCGCCUACUCUCCCAACUCUCCGCCGACGGCAUCCGAUUCGUCGAAUUCCGUCUCGGAUUCUCAACCAUGUUCCGGCGCGAAGGCCACGAGGAAGCCGAGCCAGACUUGCUCAUCCCCAGCCAAAUCUUCCAAGAAGAAGUCGCCCGAUUCCAAACCACCGAAGCCGGCCACACCUUCCACGGCGCCCGAAUCAUCCACUCAAUCAUCCGCCGCUGGAAUAACGAACAAAUCAUCUCCAGCAUGCAAAAAUGCAUCGCAGCCAAAAAAUCCUUUCCCAAUGUAAUCAGCGGAAUCGACUUCGUCGGCCAAGAAGACCAAGGCCGACCCCUGGUCGACCUCCUCCCCAUCCUCUUCUGGUUCCGCGACCAAUGCAUCAAAGAAAACGUCAACAUCCCUUUCUUCUUCCACGCCGGCGAAUGUCUCGGCGACGGCGACUCCACCGACCAGAACCUUUUCGACGCUAUCCUCCUCGGCACUCGACGCAUCGGCCACGGCUUCUCCCUCUUCAAACACCCCCUCUUAAUCGACCAAGUUAAAGAAAAGAACAUCCUCAUCGAAUGCUGUCCCAUCUCGAACGAGAUCCUCCGUCUCGCCAGCUCUAUCAAAGCACACCCCUUACCGGCACUCCUGGCCCGCGGCGUCGCCGUAUCCCUCUGCAACGACGAUCCCGCUAUCCUAGGCCAUGGGAAGAACGGCCUCACGCACGACUUCUGGCAGUCGUUGCAGGGAUUGGAGAAUUUGGGGCUCGAGGGGCUGGCCAUGAUGGUUGAGAAUUCUAUUCGUUGGAGUUGUUAUGAGGAUCAGUCUACUGAGGAUUGGGAGGUUGGGGUGCGUGAUGGUGUCCAGGGCGGGGGAGUCAAGGCUGAAAGACUGAGGGAAUGGUAUGCUGAUUUUGAGGCCUUUUGUGGGUGGAUUGUGCAAGAAUACGGUGAUAGUGAGUGUGAGGGUCAGUGAUUGAUGGUUGAUUGAGUAAUUGAUUGAUCAGUGUUGCAUACACCCUCAACGCGUCGGUUUUAAGGUCUGGUCAGUAGACUAGGGGUGUCUAGACGCAUCUCAACAUGCAGUCCUUCUGGAAAGGUUGUUAUAGUUCGGUUUAGUUUUGUUAGUUUGGUAUCAUUCUAGUAGAACCACUUUUUACUCUUUAGGUUCAUCUAUG